GCUAAAUAUAUUGGCACAAAAAAUGGAGGAUCCUUGGGUACCCUUUCGUGUUAAAAAACCACUAUUGCACUUGGCAUGCGAACGUGGAGCCUGGAAUUGUGUACAACAACUGGUUAUCACACGUUCGGAGGAAAUUAAUUUAAUCAAAGACGAAUAUUAUCCCAUUCAUCAGGCUGUGCUACAUGAAGGGCGCUUCUUGGAGCUUUUAAUACAGCACGGUGCCGUAACCACAGUACGCACGUGUACGCAACAAAUGACACUCUUGCACGUUGUCAUAUUCGCAGCGCGCAAGUCUGCUGAAGAUACUUUAAGUACCUUACGAAUUUUGUUGGAGCGUGGAUGCAAGGAACUUAUCAAUGAACCCGAUUCUCUGGGCAAUACACCGUUGCAUGCAUUGAUAGUGCGUUAUGCUCUAGAGGAGGCGCGUUAUGGCUAUGAUAAGUGGAGUAAAUGGGAUGUGCUGCAUCUUGUACGUUUUCUGUUGCAAAACGGUGCAAAGAGCUCAAUUAAUCAAACAGGCAAUAGCGCACUGGCGUGCGUCUUCCGGCACGUUCGCGACUGGGAAGUAUGUUUUGAAUUGCUGAACAUGCUCAUCAAAGAAGACGGCGAUCCGAAUAUUGUAGGACGGGACGGUUCAGUACCAAUAAUGGUACUGCUUGUUCCGUUAAUCAACAAGGAUCAACUGCACCAUUUUACGCAUUCUAUGAAG